AACUCCUCUCAAAAUUCUCCCCUCUCAUUAUAAGAAAACUUCAACAACAUGACAAUGGAAAACCAAAUGUGCUGCCCAAAGACAGCCUCAACAAACCUAGCCAUGCACAGAAAAUCACAAACGAUUUCAAAAUCAAAGCCGAAAAUCCGAAUAAUUCACAUAUUUGCACCAGAAAUCAUCAAGACUGAUGCUGCAAACUUCAGGGAGCUGGUGCAGAGGCUCACCGGAAAGCCUGAUCAACACAACGGCGUUACGGAGACAAAAGAGGGAUCAAGAAAGAAAAAGUCAAGAGCGGAGGUGGGUGCUGGAUUUCAUGUGAAAGAAGAGAUUUGGAUGAGUGCAAAUUCGGGAGGUGGAUUUUUGGGAGGUUUUACGGAAAUUGAAGGAUUCAUGCAUGAGCUUAAUCACUUUCAGUUUUUGGAAGGUACAACAGCUCAGAUGCAGGAUGUUUAUGGAGAUCACUGUCUGCAGCUUGCUUGAUUAGUGGAGCUAGAGUUAAUUUCUUGAUUAGCUAGGGUUUUCGAUUAAUCAUGAUUGGUGUUAUUUGUUGGUGAUCAAUGAUUUUUAUUUAAUUUGUUGGCCCUCGGAUGAUCAUUUGAGGUUUUCUAAUUUGGGAUGCAUGUAUGUAUAUAAUAUGUUUAUAAUUUGGUGAGAGUUGUGCCCUUUUCUGCAUUUUGGUGUAGUAGCUGAGAAGAAAGGAUUUUGUACAUUUCUAGGAUGAUGUUCUACUAACGUAUAAUUCUAACCUUUUCAUUUUAG